AUGAAUUUUCAAUCAUCAUACCAGGACCCUUUGGAGUCGAUGAGCUACCAAUUGCAGAAUAUGGCGUUCGAAAGAGGCGUGAGUGGUGCCCACAGUGGGGCGAAAGUUAGUGCGAACGGCGGUGUCAGUCAGCCUCUGAGCAGAACAGGAUCCUCUUUGGUGGACUCAAUGGCUGCCCAGAGAUCUUCAUCGCCCUUUGUGGCGCACUCGCAAGUUCCAGGGCAGAUUUUGGGCCAAGCUUCAGGCGGGAUUCCGCAGGCCCGGGAGAGCGUUGGAGUUGGAUCUGUCGGUAUCGCUGGUGGCUUUCAGGGCCAGGGUGCGAUUCUCGGCGGCGCGAGUGGACCUCCGAACGGCUGGACUCAAAGUGCGAAUGGCUCUUCUGUGAGCUCACCUUACACAUCGCAACUGGGCCAAACAAACUUGUACACAGGCGGCUCACCACACUUCCAAAACUUGCCUAUGCCGGCAGGUAUGCCGCAAUCUUCUCAACCCGUCAUUAUAGAGUCGCAAUGGAAGUAUUUUGACACUCAGGGACAGAUCCAAGGUCCGUUUAGUUCAAAUGCGAUGUCUCAAUGGUAUGCUUCAGGCUAUUUCCAGCCUUCUUUGCAAAUAGCCAGACAGGGGCCGACGCCGGAACCUUUUGGAAUCAACGAUCGAUUUAUCAUGUUAGCGGAGCUGAUCUCUAGAGUCAACGAUUUUCAUGAUCCGUUUCUGAGUUUUGAUCGGAUUAUAUCAUCGAAUAGCAUGUACAAUUUGGGUGCAUCGCUCGUGGGUCAUCAUAACGCAGCCAGUACACUGCAGUCCAGCAUACAGCCCAAUCACUCUUCUGCUGUGGCAAAUGUUGAGAGUGACGAUUUUACUCAUGAUGAAAUUUUGCAACUGAAGGAUAAGGAUGGUGGAUAUUAUCACGAAGUGCUUGUGCAAAUUCCAGCAAGCAGAAAGAAUGAACAAAAGCUAGACCAAAAUGUUGAAGUUGAUACUUCAGUAGUAUUCAUCAAUGAAGGGAUAACAGAAAUACCAAGAAAGGAAAAAAUGCUGGAAGCUUCCACCUCUCAAGUGGAUGCAACAUCCUCAGAGAUGAAGCAAAAUUCAACCAUUGAAAGUUCAGAAAAAAUAGCGGAUAAAAAUAAGCAGAAAGCAACUUCUAGAGCAAAGGUAGUCGUAUCAGAUGCAAAAGAUAUCAAUUCAAGACGUCAACAAAAGGCUGAGGAAAUGGCAAGAAAGUUAGUUGAAGAACAGGAAAAGCAAGAAAGAGAGCAAAAUAGAAAGGAGGAACUUCGUAAACUCAAGAAGCAGCAAAAGCAAAAGACAAAAGAGUCUGAUGAAAAUUCAGUGAAGAACAAGUCGAAAACGACUACAGAAUCUAUGAGCACUGCUACAACUGUCUCUUCGAAGAGUUCACCCGAGGAGUCACAAAAGGGAGCAUCCGUUAUUACUGCACCAGUGGCACCUUGGGCACAUAAAGCGGAAAAUGCAGAUACAACAAAAAUCUCCAUUCCCGAGUUGCAGAAGAAAGAAGAAAUUGAACAAGCAAGAAGAAAUCAAGAGCGUGAAUUGAAAGAAAGAGCUGUCGCUCUCAAAAUACAGGAUGAUAUAUUGAAACAGGAGAAGGCAGAUAAUGAACUAAAAUCGAAGCUAACAUGGGCAAACAAACCUGCACCACCAGCUGUUACUAUCGAUAUAAAAGCUCAAUCAAAAAGAAAAGCAGAAUUAGAAUCAGCCAAUAAAAUCAAAAGCUUGGCUACAGCCAAUUCUAAUUCCAGCGCACUUAAUGAACUAAAUGAUCCCAAUUUUAUCAAGCAGCAAAAAAAGUUAUGGGAGGAAGCUCAGCGGUCCAAUUCAAAACCAACAACAAGCAAUCCAAGUUCUUCCAGCAAUAAAAUGUGGACUACCGUUCCAUCAAAAUCAUCGAAUAAUAACACUAAUCGCGAGGCAAAAAUCACCAAUCAACCCAAGUCAUAUAUCAGUCCAGACAAACUGAGGGCCGUUAGUGUAACUUCAAAUAAACAAAUUGGGUCAUCUACCAGCAUUCCAAGUUUAAAAUCUAAAUACUCGACUCCUAUGGCUUACCCUGGUAACUCGUCCAUUGCUUUGCGCCAAGAAUUCCUAAGAUGGUGCAAAUCACAAAUGAAACUCAGUCCUAACGUCUCUUCGACCAGUGUUUUGGAAGUUUUACUAAGUCUUCCAGCUGGACCGGAUGCUAAAGAGAUUAUCGCUGACACUAUAUAUUCGAAUAGCAGUACUAUGGAUGGAAGAAGAUUUGCACUAGAGUUUAUCAAAAAACGUAUUGAGUGUGAAAAGCAAAUCAAAGAUCCACUGACUUGGAGUGAAGCUUUGGCUUUACCGGAGGGUGAGCAAGACGAUUGGGAAUUUCAAAUUGUUAGUAAAAAGAAAGGUAGAAAACACUGA